CUUGCGGCUCUCAAGAUGUAUUUCCAGACGUUCGUCGCAACAAUUCUCGCCCUCCAUGCCAUGGCAGCACCUUCUCCAAGCGGGGAUUCCGAGCAGGGAUCCGGAGGCGAAGUGGUCAUCCCAAAUGACCACCCUCUGAUCCAUUUCCACGGUCGAUGGGACGCGUCGCCGGGUACCUGGUGGGCAGGCUCAGGCUUCAAGCUGCACGUCCAGGACCUCUCUUCGCUGACUCUCAACCUGGGACCACACACGACUUCCCCGCUUGCGAGCAUCGGGGUCUCGGUGGACUAUGCGCCGUUCUACCAGGUGAACGUCAGCGAAGGCGUGAAUGUGGUUCCGUUGACCGGCAACAUGACGCAAGACACGGAAUCGAAGUCGAAUCAAGGAAAGAAGACGAGCGUCGUGCGGGUAAACGUCGAGGGCUGGCAAGACAACCGCAUCAACCUCGAGACGAUUGUUCUGAACAAGGGUGCCGAGUUGCUCCCUUACGCUCCCUCGAAGCUUGCGUUCCAGUUCAUUGGCGACUCGCUUUCGGCCGGACAAUUUCUACCCCAGGGCGUGGAUCAGGCAUGGCCAUUCCUAACGGGAGAGUUCUUCAAGGCGGAGCACAACGUGAAUGCCCAGCCAGGCGCUGCCUUGUCUGACAUCGUGUCGUAUGGCAACGAGCAUGGGGUCUCGUACCAGUACUUUAGGACGGAGGAUACGGGCUACUUCGACACGACAGAUCACAAUUUCACGACCCCAUGGAACUUCUUACGAGACCGUCCCGAACCUACUCAUCUCGUCGUUCAUAUUGGAGCGAAUGACGCAUCGCAGAAUGUGACAGCAGAAGCGUUCGUCAAGGUCUUCACGACCUUCCUUGGCCGUCUGCGAGGGCUCUAUCCCACCGCGCCCUUCUUCGUAUUCACUCCGUGGGGGUGGCCCAAUGCCGACGGCUCCGUCAGCUACUACUAUCCCGGUGCGCACGAGCUCGUGGUGCAGGAGCGACACGAAGCGGGCGAUCUGAACACAUUCCUCGUGAAUACGACUGGGUGGGUUACUUGGGAGGACGUCUUUCCCGCCAACCAACACCCGAAUGUGCCAGGACACCAGAAGAUCGCAGGGCUGUUUGAGAAUUGGUUGCAGAGCUGGGGCCUGCGGCCCGAAAAGGAGUGGGCGACUGCCUUGUGAUGCUAUUUGUACUUCGCAUUCUUUGGAGUUCCUUUCGGGACUGUUGUCGGUAAAUACUUCGUGCAGCAAAACAAGUGUGGACAAUCAGAGGAUUGAACUCUGGACCUCACGCAUGCGAAGCGUGCGCGCUACCA